AUGGGGUGCACGGUGGUGGCCCCCCCUUGGUGGCACCGGUGGCCCCGCUGCUGGGACGUGGGGCACCCCACAGGCUGCUGCUGGCCCCCAGAGCGUGGGGCUCAGGCUCUCUGCUCCCGCAGGCGCCGGCGGCCGUGGCGGGUGCUGCUCCUGGCCUGGCUCAGCCUGGGCUGCGGCAUCGGCACCGCGCAGGGCUCAGCCCCGGAGGUGCCGGUGCAGGGCCCCGAGUCCCCUGCCCAUGCUCGGCCUCGCCGGCAGCUGGCUCGGGGCACUUGGGGGCCCUGGGGACCCUGGAGCGCCUGCUCCAGCUCCUGCGGGGACGGCGUCGCCUUCCGCGCCCGGAGGUGCCUGCGAUCCGCCGUGGAGGAGCCGUGCACGGGAGACCCGCGGCAGUACCGGCUCUGCCAGCUCCAGGGCUGCCCCGGCGGCUCGGUGCCUUUCCGCGCCAUGCAGUGCUCCCUCUACGAUGACAAACCCAUCCCGGGCACGCAGGCCCGGUACCGCUGGGUGCCCUUCUACGGAGCCCCCAACGCCUGCGACCUCAACUGCCUGGCCGUGGGGCACAAUUUCUACUACACCUUCGGCCGGGUGCUGGACGGGACCCGCUGCGGCCCCGACUCCCCGGAGCUGUGCGUCGGCGGGCGCUGCCUGAGCGUCGGCUGCGACGGGAUCCUGGGCUCGGGUGCGCGGCCCCACGCCUGCGGCCGGUGCGGCGGCGGCCAGGACGGGUGCCUCUUCGUGCACCGGCUCUUCCAGGGCACGGAGCCCCCCUCCGGUUAUUUUGGGUACAUGAACGUGACCAGGAUCCCGGCUGGGGCCACCAACAUCAGGGUGACAGACAAGAGCCGCAACUACCUCGCCCUGAUGACAAGCGACGGGCGCUACGUGCUCAACGGGGACUGGUCCAUCGCCUGGCCGGGGCCGUACGAGGCGGCCGGCACCCGGCUGCUCUACGCCCGGACCCCUGACGGCACCGAGAGCCUGGAGGCGGCGGGGCCCACGGACGAGGAUCUCCACGUGCUGGUCCUGCUGCAGGAGCCCAACCCCGGCAUCGAGUACGAGUUCUGGCUGCCCCGCGGGCACCCCCAGCCCGGUGACACCAGCCCCCUGCGGCAGCCCCAGCCCCGGGGGGCCGGCAGCCCCCCGCCCGCGGAGCCCCCGGCCCCCACACCGCCCCCCCGGACCCAGGGUCACACCACAGAGCCGCUGCCACCGAGAACCCCCCCUGGCCACAGCGGGGCUGCCGCAGGGCGAUGCGGGAGGUGCCGGCCGCCCAAGGGACGUUCCCAGCGCAUCCGGCACUUCUGCCAGAGCGACUUCGUCUUCCAAGCGCGGAUCCUGGCGCGGCGCUCGGUGGGGCAGGAGACGCGCUACGAGGUGCAGGUGAAGACGCCGUACCGGCACCGCUUCCCGCUGGUGCCGCGCGAGUACGUGUGGGUGCCCGACGCCUGCGGCUGCCCCCCGCUCCUGGAGGGCCGCGAGUACCUGCUGAUGGCGCGGCGCCACGUCAACUACGAGCACACGCUGAACCGCAUCCUGCUGCAGCGCGACGGCUACGCCCGGCCCUGGUCACCCCGCGAGGAACGGCUGGUGCGGGAGGCAGCGCGGCACUGCGCACAGCCCCGGCCGCCCUGAGCCCCUCGGCCCCGUCACCCAGGGGGUGGCAGCGGGACCCCCGGGGGCCACGGGGGGGGCCGGGACCCCUCCUGUCACGCAGCGGGUCCUCUGCGGCUCUUUGCGAGGCCAUGGAGGGGCC